UUAGGAAAAGUCGAAUGAACCCAUCAACCUCACCGUACAUGGACAAGAUGGGUCUGUCAUCCACUUCAAGAUAAAGCGAACGACUCCCCUUAAAAAGCUUAUGUCAGCCUACUGUGACCGGCUGGGGUUGACCAUGUCUAAUGUCCGUUUCACGUGUGAUGGCGAGCACGUACAGCAGGAAGAUACUCCUGAAUCGCUCGAUCUUAAUGAUCGUGAUACGAUUGAGGUGUUCCAAACACAAACCGGAGGAUUUUGA